CCAUCUUGCUUCCGUCCACGACACGAGACGAUAGACCAUGGGGCAGACGCGCGUGCUGCAGUACGAAGCACCAUGGCCGGUCCACUGCAUGGACUGGUGCAAGUCCCCCGCUCCUGGCGCACAGAACCGUCUCCGAUCCGCCUUCCGCCUCGGUGUCUCCUCCCACAUCGAGAAUCACGACAACCGGAUCGCAGUACUCGGUCUCCACGAUGAGCGCGUCCUCGUCGAGGACGAGUACUCGGACUUUGACGACUUUGUUAUGCUCUGCGAGGCGCAUCAAACGUACCCUGCAACCAGCCUGCAAUGGCAGCCCGCGAGCGCGUCCUCGUUUCCGUGGGGGCAGAAGAGCCCGAGCACCGAGUUGCUGGCGACCACGGGCGACGCACUCAGGAUAUGGGAGUACUCCUGCGAUGUCCCCCAGCAGAUAUCACAAUAUGUUGGUCGCGCCCCGACGGGGACGGGACAUUCGCUGGCGCUCAAGUCGAUGCUCGCCGGGCAAUCCAAAGUGCAGAACACCGUGAAUGGCGCGCCGUUAACUAACUUCGCUUGGAACGAGAAGAGCCCGAACAUGAUGGUGACGUCGAGCAUCGACACGACGUGCACGGUUUGGAAUAUCGACACGUCGAGCGCGAUCACGCAACUCAUCGCGCACGAUCGGGAGGUGUACGAUGUGGCGUGGUUACCAGGAUCGACCGACAUCUUCGUGUCCGUGGGCGCGGAUGGCAGCUUGCGCGCGUUCGACCUGCGCAGCCUUGAGCACUCGACGAUCCUCUACGAAACUCCGCCUCCGAAGAACGUUCCCCCACCAUCUGUAUCCCCAUCAUCCUCCGCACGACCUCCGACUUCACCGCUACUCCGCAUCGCGUUCAACCCUGGCGAUUCCAACUACAUGUCUACGUUUCAUAUGGAUGGUCAGGACGUACAGAUCCUGGACAUGCGCGCACCUGGGCAGCCCGUCAUCGAGCUGCGCGCGCAUCAGGCGCAGAUUAACGCGCUUGGAUGGGGUGGAGGGGACAACCCGCUGCUCGCCACCGCGGCCGACGACUGCCAGCUCCUUCUCUGGGACCUGCAAAGUACGAUGCAGUCCAUCGCGUCGCCAAGACACACCAACACGCGUCUGAACUCUCCACGCCCGGAUAUCAAGAAGCGCGUUGUAACAGACCCGUAUGCCGCUUACACAGCGGCCGCGCAGAUCACCAACCUCGCUUGGUCGCCCCAAAUACCCGGCAUGCAGCUCUCGACGGGCCACACGACCACGCCCGGCGAGUGGAUCGCCAUCACGUGUGGCAGGUCGGUGAAAGCGCUGAAGGUGUAGAGUUGUGGGUGCCGAUUUACGACUGAUAUGAUUGGACGUGCGUUGCUCUUGUAGUCUGAUUGCUGUAGUGGCCAUGUUGUUGUACCUGAAGGAGAUCUACCACCUUGACCUGCCACUCGGUUUGCCCUGAGCUGCCCUGGCGCGCUGGGCGCUCUGCCUGCGCACCUCUCGGCCUCCGGGGUCGUGCGACCUGGACGCUGUGUAGAUAGCACCUGAGCUCGGCGCGGGGUUGUCGGAGCUCCAGUUUCUAAUGAUCCGAGCUUCAAUACGAGUGCCUCGCGUGUUACUACUGGAAUACAAAGGAAUUCAGAAGUCUUCGAAGUCGAAGUGGCUGC